GCCGGAACCCCGCGCUCCCGACUUCUGCUUCCGGGUCGGAGCAUGGCGGUGGCAAAUUCAAGCCCUGUCAAUCCCGUGGUGUUUUUUGAUGUCAGCAUUGGCGGCCAGGAAGUUGGCCGCAUGAAGAUCGAGCUCUUUGCAGACGUUGUGCCUAAGACAGCCGAGAAUUUUAGGCAGUUCUGCACUGGAGAAUUCAGAAAAGAUGGGGUUCCAAUAGGAUACAAAGGGAGCACCUUCCACAGGGUCAUAAAAGAUUUCAUGAUUCAGGGUGGAGAUUUUGUUAAUGGAGACGGUACUGGAGUCGCCAGUAUCUACCGGGGGCCAUUUGCAGAUGAAAAUUUUAAGCUUAGACACUCAGCUCCAGGCUUGCUUUCCAUGGCAAACAGUGGUCCCAGUACCAAUGGCUGCCAGUUUUUCAUCACCUGCUCUAAGUGUGAUUGGCUAGAUGGGAAGCACGUGGUGUUUGGGAAAAUCAUUGAUGGACUUCUGGUGAUGAGAAAGAUUGAGAAUGUUCCCACAGGCCCCAACAAUAAACCCAAGCUGCCUGUGGUGAUCUCACAGUGUGGAGAGAUGUAGUCCAGAGGAAGACUGAAUCAGGACAGCUAACUCCAAGGCCAUAAACAGAGGGUGUGGAGUUUCCUUUCUUUGUAACUCUGGGACCAAGACCUUCAAGGAAAAGGAUUGCUCUUUGUUCUAGAGCUCCACAGAGAGCCAUCAAGGUCUGGCAGAAAGCACACAGACUUCGGAGCCAAGUAGACCAGGAAGCCCCAUCACUGUCAGGCCAUUAAACCCCUUGGAACCCUAGUUUUUGCCUUUGCUUAAUUAUAACUAAUACAUACUACACAGAGUUGUGAAGGGUAAAUAAUAAAGGAGACAGUGUAUUGGCCGUAAAUAUUAGUUCCUUUCUUGGUUCUGUGUAACACACCUCUCAACUCUGCUCUGGGGCACCAAAGGUCUGGCCUGUGGCAAGAAUCAAAUAUUCUUGGUCUGUUCUUUGGGGAAAGGAGGGUUCGGGGUGUGGAGGAGAGCUGCGAGUGUUUUCUCUCAUGGACUGUCCCCUCCCCGUUCCUCUGAGCUGCUUCUCUCU